AUGGUCGAAUCUUCCCUUGUUGCGGCACGUACAGAUCGGAUCUAUUUCCUUGACGUUGGCCUUUCAACAUACCCAGAACACAAUGGCCGCAUUCUUACUUGCCAACCGGAUGGGUCUGAUAUCCAGGAGUUGAUUACCAACAUCAGAAGUCUCCCCGACGGAAUCGCCAUUGACACGGAUCGCCAUCACUUAUACUGGACAAAUAUGGGAGUCCCCGCCGACAACGACGGAUCCAUACAACGCUGUGAUUUGUCCGGUAAUAAUGUUGUGACCAUCAUCCCAAAAGGCCAGACAUAUACACCGAAGCAGAUGACUAUUGCACCGAAGUCAAAAAAGCUGUAUUGGUCAGACCGAGAAGGAAUGAGAGUUAUGAGGGCGAAUAUGGAUGGGAGUGACAUCGAAGUGCUUUACCAGGCUGGCGCCACCGAUAUAGACCGCCAGGAUGCGCGGAACUGGUGUGUCGGCAUUGCUGUAGACGAGGAGUCUAAGUCUGUCUUUUGGACGCAGAAAGGACCAUCGAAGGGGAACAAAGGACGGAUCUUCCGAAUGGGUCUCGACAAGCAAGACGCAGAUAUCCAGCUUCUUCUGGACAAUCUUCCGGAACCCAUCGACUUGGAAUUGGACCAUGCUUCUGGGACACUGUACUGGAGUGAUCGUGGUGAUCCACCACAUGGAAACUCUGUAAAUUCAGUCACCCUUGCGGAUAUGUCAGUGAACAACUUGCAACCAAAGGUCUUGGUUCGCAAGCUUCAUGAAGGGAUCGGACUUGCCUUGGACUUGAAGAAUAACCGCAUGUUUUUCGGUGAUCUUGGAGGGUCUUUGUAUAGUGCCAAUUUGGAUGGGUCCUGCAAGCACACUGUUUUCUCUGACAUCGGAGGUGCAGUCACAGGGGUAGCAUAUAUUGGAGAGUAG